GCACCGCGAAGCAGGGGAUGGCGAGUAAAUUGAAAAGCGAAACAGGAGGCAAUUAACCGCUCUCUCGAGGGGGCAAAAAAAGGGUUUAAGAGCACACUCUAGGUACCAAUAUCACAUUUCUCUCUCUCUCUCUCUCUCUCUCGAUCGAUCGAAGUUCAGCCAUGGAGUCACGCGUCUUUUCACGUGCCCCCACCAUCGCUCACGUGCGAAGGCCACUGCGAGAGAGCCACAGCAACACCAGUUGCAGCUUCAUCUCGAUCAAACCUAUCGGAGCAGUCGGUGAAGGCGGGAAUCUGAUAUGGGGAAGGCAACUGCGGCCAUCAUUGCUUCUGGAAGCACCUUCUCCUAUGAAUGCAAGGAAGGAUAUUCUCCGGCCGGUUAUGGCCGCAGCUUCAUCUCCGGCAGAAGGAAGUGAUUCCUCCGGGGAUGGGAAGGUCGCUCCGAUUGGGUUUUUCGACAAGUAUCCGGCACUUGUAACAGGCUUUUUCUUCUUCAUGUGGUACUUUUUGAACGUGAUAUUUAACAUCCUUAACAAGAAGAUUUACAAUUACUUCCCCUAUCCAUAUUUCGUUUCGGUGAUUCAUUUGUUUGUUGGAGUGGUAUACUGUUUGGUGAGCUGGACCGUGGGCCUUCCAAAGCGCGCUCCUAUUGACUCAAAUCUCCUGAAGCUUUUGAUUCCCGUUGCUGUCUGUCAUGCAUUAGGCCAUGUGACCAGUAAUGUCUCUUUUGCGGCGGUUGCUGUCUCCUUUACACACACAAUCAAAGCACUUGAGCCCUUCUUCAAUGCUGCUGCUUCUCAAUUCGUACUGGGACAGUCAAUACCGAUAACUCUGUGGCUAUCACUUAUGCCUGUCGUUCUUGGUGUUUCCAUGGCAUCGUUGACUGAGCUCUCAUUCAAUUGGACGGGCUUUAUUAGUGCUAUGAUUUCCAACAUCUCCUUCACUUACAGGAGUCUCUACUCAAAGAAAGCUAUGACUGAUAUGGACAGCACUAAUAUUUAUGCUUACAUUUCUAUCAUUGCACUCCUUGUCUGCAUUCCACCUGCCAUUCUUGUCGAGGGACCUCAACUGAUCAAGCAUGGCUUUAAUGAUGCAAUUGCUAAAGUGGGCCUAACCAAGUUCAUCUCAGACCUUUUUUGGGUUGGAAUGUUUUAUCACCUCUACAAUCAGUUAGCUACCAACACCUUGGAGAGGGUUGCACCUCUUACACAUGCAGUGGGCAAUGUGCUGAAACGUGUAUUCGUGAUUGGCUUUUCCAUCCUGGUCUUUGGUAACAAAAUCUCAACACAAACUGGUAUUGGAACAGGAAUUGCAAUUGCCGGAGUGGCAAUCUACUCUUACAUUAAGGCCAAGAUGGAAGAGGAGAAACGACGAGGGAAAGCAGCAUGAGAAGGAAAGAGGCAUUGGCCGUGGGUGAAGGAAACCUUAUUUGUAAAGUCAAAUUCUACUGUUUCGAAGAUAAGAGCAUCCUGUUGUCACUGUGAAGUUAAUUUUUUUUCAUUAAUUUUCGUUGAUUCAGAAGACAGACUAUUGCCAAGUUGCAAUCAGCUUAUGUUGACAAGAAAUAAUGAGUCAUUCGCUCUGUCUGAACUUCGUUGAUGAGAAGCUGCCGAGGAAUUU